AUGGAGAGGCCGCCCGACCAGCCGAAUAUUCCUGGUGCAGGGCGGGGCGCAGACGGUCACGUGACGGCAACCCGCCACCGACGACGCGGGACGCACCAACCACUAGGCUGUGCUGCGCACGCGUCACAUCGAACGCAAGGAAAACUUCGCCUUGAGAUAGAGGGGUUUCUGAGCCGCGGUGCUCUCUGGGAGAAUCUCAUUCCAUUCAGAGCAUCCACGGAGCGGAAUGUACCAGAUUUGUCUUUGAGUUGUUGCCUCUCCAAGCGCCUCUCCGUUGCCUCAGCAACCGGCCAUGACCCCGGAUCUUAUCUUUUCUUCAGUGUUUCCGGUGCCGGGGAGGCAUCUUGUUUUGGACGACGCCGGGAAGUUGGCGGAGAGCUUCGAGUGCCGGGGUCGGGUGGAAUGUCGUUCCAUGACCGGGGUAGACGCCGGGCGGUGGGCCAGGAGGAGGAGGAGGAGGACCCGGUGGAUCAGAUGAUCUCGCGGACGGGCUGUGCCCGCUACCACCACGCGGUGCAGGACUGUAUGGCAGAGCACCAGGACUGGCGUCGGUGCCAGGGGCCUGUGCAGGAGUUCAAACAGUGCAUGGCGGAUCAUCAGAGGGAGCGGGUGUCUCCCAGGGCCCCGAGACAGCCCGAACCGGCUGCCACCUGACCACCCACAGCCCCCUCCCCACCCAUCAAGCGUGGAAGACCCUACGGGAACCUUUCUUGAGCCAGUUCGGAGCAAGAGACCUUUCAGCCCAUCUAGACCUCCCCUUCCUCUUAACUAACCAGCAUUGGUUUCAAAAUUAGAUUUAUUAUCACUGACUUGUAUGACUUGGAAUCUGUUCUGUGGCAACAGUAGAAUGCAAAGGCAUAAAUUACUAUAAUUUUUUUAAAAAAUGUUUUAAUAAAAGGAAUAACGGGA